AUGGAUGUCGAGGACUCGUCAGAUGCCAAUAUUCCGGCUCAUUUAAAAGACGAGGCUCACUGUGAAUUGAAGGAGAUGGUCACAGAAAAGGUAAUUUUAAUGUUUUAUUUGAAUGGAUUUUAAGUAUAAAAGAUUAAAGAGUGGCGCAUCUUUUAAGACUAAAUUCACAAUCGUUUCGAACAAAAUAAAAAUUUUAUGCUGUGUUAUAUUAUAAUAUUCUUUUAGGAUUCAAAAAGUCAAAGGAUUGUACCAGCUCAGAUGGCAAACAAAGCUCGACGUGAACGGAUGGAGAAGCCGUGGCAAAGCCGAAGGAAGAGUUUGAAACAGAAGAAAGCUGUUCUUGAGGCUGUUCACGGUCAAGACGAGCUGGAUAUAGAGGAUGGUGGACCAUCAUCAGUUGAACAAAAUGUAAUUUUUUUUAAUUUUAUUUGAAUGGAUUUUAGGUAUAAAAAGAUUAAAGCUAUUUUGGAAUAAAGAGUGGCGCAUCUUUUAAGCCUAAAUUCACAGUUGUUUCGAACAAAAUAAAAAUUUUAUGCUGUGUUAUAUUAUAAUAUUCUUGUAGGACUCAAGAAGAAAAGGGAUCGUUGCAGCUCAGAAGGCGAACAAAGCCCGACGUGAGCGUAUGGAAAAGCUGUGGCAAAGCCGAUGGAAGGGUUUAAAACAUAAGAAAGCUGUUCCUGAGGCUGUUCACGGUCAAGACGAGCUGGAUGCCGUUCAAAACCAAGACCCGCUGUAUGUUGAGAAAGAUACACCUUCAUCCGUUGUAAAAAUCGUAUGUUUUUAGUUAAUUUUUAUCUCUGUUUAGAUAAAAUGCUCAAUGGAAUAUAGAAAAUAAAAAUGUGCAUUUUUAUGCCCAAAUUUACAAAAAAAACCAUAACCUAAUUUUGCAAGCUUUAAGAUAUUGUUGUAGGAAAUUCCACAGGACGAACCGGAAUCCUCAAAUUCUGCUCGUUCUUUGGUAGCCUCAACCUCCGCUCUCCCUUUAAUCGCCUGA